AUGUUCCUGCAGGCUGGUCGAAAAGAUGAUUAUAUCAUCCAUAUAGACCAGACAUCUCACACCGAUAUGUUCCCUGAUAAUGUUGUCCAUUACUCUUUGGAACGUAGCGGGGCCGAAAGGCAUUCGGACGAACUCGUAGUGCCCACCAUCGACACUAAAGGUUCUGAAUGUCUUUCUUAUGGAUUUCGAUUUGGUGAAAUCCAGAAGCUAAAUCUAGCGUUGAAAAAUACUGACAUCGGCCAAGUCAAAUUACGCUUGGAGAAGGCGAUCUUGGACGAGAAAUUCCGAAUCCAAGAGGAGGAAUUGGACGAUGAAAGCAAUGAUGGGAUAAGCCUACGGUCCCAACAAAGCAGUUUCAGUAAGGUGGAACAGUGGCAAAUUGAACCUCAACAUACCACCGGGCCGGUAGAAAAAGCUGUAUCGCCCCAAGCAGUACAGACGACUGUCAUCGCGCCCGUGACUACCGUUAGAAACGAUGUUCAGCCCAAGGGGCACACACAGGUCGUCAACAGAAGUCAACUGGAACUGUCAAAAGGUGUAACAGCAGCAGAUAUUCCGUUAGGAUCGAAUGCCGAUACUAGUUUUUGUGGAAUGAUCAAUACUAUAAGUAAACCAAGUAGUAACCAGGGAUUAGAAACAGAAGGUAGCAAACAUAUUCCGCUCAAUAGUGAUACGCACACUCUUGUUCGGAAUGAUCCACAAGUAGCUCAUUCGUCACAUCAGUUUCCCUUUUCCUCCGCUUAUCAAGCUCAGUCAUUUGAUCGCGUCAUUGGUAUAUCGUCAAAUGCGAUUGGGACACUCGACGGCCCUAAGUAUAGUACGGUGCAUGCGAAUGAUCCACAAGUUACUCAUAGUGUACAGCAACAUCCAUUAGAUCGUAGAGGUCUACCAGGUGCAGUCCUGCAGGGAGUUUCAUCGAACCAGGGCAACCAAAUACCAUCAUCGUACGGAUUUUUGACAAAUUCCGAACCAGCAGCAACUGGGCAGUAUGGGUUGCCUCAUUAUUCCACGAGCUCCGCGCUGCCACCUGGAUUCGGAUUAGGACCAACACCACAGCAACUGACAGCCAGACAAGUAAUGUCGAGAGAACUGCCACCUUUUUCGGGAAAUCCUGAAGACUGGCCGCUGUUUAUCAGCUCGUAUCGGAACUCUACCCAAGUGUGUGGGUACUCGGAAGCAGAAAAUUUAGCCCGACUGCAACGCUGUUUAAGGGGUCACGCCCUUGAAAUCGUAAGGAGUCGCUUACUGUUACCAGCAGGUGUUCCACACGUAAUUGCGACGUUGGAGAUGAUGUAUGGAAGACCAGAAUUGCUCAUCCAUACCCUACUGCAGAAGGUUAGAUCAGUCCCACCGCCUAAGCAUGAUCGCCUCGAUUUGCUGAUUGCGUUCGGCGUAGCAGUGCAAAAUUUACGCGAUCACCUGGAAGCUGGCGGUCAGCAUGCACACUACAAUAAUCUGAUGCUGCUUUCCGAAUUAGUUGAAAAACUUCCCGCGAAUCUCAAACUCGACUGGUCGUUGUAUAAGCAACGUUGUGGAGAGGUGAAUAUUCGUAUAUUCAGUCAAUAUAUGUCCAUGCUAGUUCGGGCGGCGACGGACGUUACUCUUUUCGAUCCAAGACAGCAUGUAGCCCAACAGCAUCGAGCAGUAAAACCCGAAAAGCUAGGAAAAGAUAAGUCCUUCUGCGGAUCCCACACUGUGGAAGAAUCGUCGAAGCAAGGGCCCACAUACUCCUGUGGAUCAAAAUCGUUCAUCCCAACCAGCGUGUCUUCUGUGAAAAGCGUGGAAGAAAGAUGGAAGACGAUCCAACAGUACGGCCUCUGCUGUCAGUGUUUAGGCGCUUAUGGGAGAAGACCCUGCAAAUCACAGCGGCGAUGUGAAGUAGGUGGCUGUCAGUUCAGGCAUCACCCGUUGCUCCAUUCUAUCCCACUUAAGAGCAACCCCAAAGAAUCCGAGGCAGUUGUAAGCUACCACAAAACUGAGAAGCGGGCUUUAUUUCGUAUCAUUCCCGUUACGCUGUAUGGUAACAACCGUUCAGUUUCUGUAUUCGCAUUCUUGGAUGACGGUUCUUCGACAACGCUGAUAGACGAAGGAGUCGUGAAGGAGCUUGGGGUAACGGGAGAACAACUCCCGUUGUGCCUUCAAUGGACGGCGAAUGUAAAAAGAUCGGAGGCUGAAUCACAACGAGUCCGACUUGAGAUAUCCGGUGGUAACGAUUUAGUAAAAUAUCCAUUAGCAGAUGUCCGUACGGUGAGCAGCUUGGAUCUGCCUCAGCAGACUUUGCGAUAUGCGGAGCUUUCAAAAAUCUUUCCGCAUCUGAAGGGACUGCCUGUAAGGGACUAUACUAAUGCACACCCUCGUAUCCUUAUUGGAAACAAUCAUGCACAUGUCACGGCCACUCUCAAAAUACGCGAGGGCAGAGCAGGUGAUCCCAUCGCAGCGAAGUCUAGGUUGGGGUGGACCAUAUUUGGUUCUAGUUUAAACGCUGAAAACGCUCACAGUUUCCUGAUUUGUGAAUGCAAUCGUGAUCAGGGCCUACACGAGAUGGUAGAACAAUAUUUCUCGGUCGACAAUGUGGGAGUAGCAGCUGCAUCGUUUCCACAGUCGAAGGAGGAACAAAGGGCGACUCGUAUUCUUACUGAAACGACGAAGCGGGUUGGCAUGCGGUUCGAAAGUGGUCUGCUGUGGAAGUUCGACGACUUCGAGUUUCCGGAUAAUUAUGCGAUGGCUAUGCGUCGCUUGCAUUGCUUGGAACGGCGUAUUCGAAGCGAUACGGUGAUCGGAGAUAGCGUGAAGAGGCAACUAGCGGAAUACCGGAUAAAGGGAUACUUGCACGAAGCGACGAAGGAGGAGCUCGAAGAAGCGGAUCCACGCAAAACGUGGUACUUACCGCUAGGUGUUACCAUAUACCCCAAGAAGCCGUCUAAAAUACGGAUCUUUUGUGAUACUGCUGCGAUGGUGGAUGGCGUUUCCUUGAACACCAUGCUUAUUAAGGGACCUGAUUUAUUAAACAGCCUGCUUGGAGUUCUUUUUGGAUUCCGAGAAAAACGGAUUGCGAUCCGUGCGGACCUUAUGGAAAUGUUCCAUCAAAUUCAGAUACGUAAAGAAGACCGACAUGCUCAGCGAAUUCUCUGGCGAGAUGAUCCGAAUCAGGAACCGAAAGUCUAUCUCAUGAACGUGGCGACAUUCGGCGCCACUUGUUCGCCAUCCGAUGCCAUUAUCAGGAAACAUUAUGUUGAAGAUUACCUUGAUAGUGCGGACAGUGUGGCGGAAGCUGUGAGAUUGGCUCAGGAUGUAUGCUACGUUCACUCACGCGGUGGUUUUCAUCUUCGAAAGUGGCUUUCUAACUCCAAAGACGUCCUACGACGGGUCGGGGAAAGAAAUCCUGAUUCAGAAAAAUGUCUUCUGCUGGAUAAGGCUAGCUCAACCGAGCGCGUGCUUGGGAUGUACUGGCGUCCUGAGCAAGACGUCUUCACAUACACCUACUCAGUGGGACUAGAGGAAACACAUCCUACGAAACGACAGAUUUUGCGGGCCGUAAUGAGCCUUUUCGACCCACUUGGGCUACUCUCUCAUUUCCUCGUAUUCGGAAAAAUCAUAAUCCAGCAGAUUUGGCGCGCGAAAACAGGGUGGGAUGAACCGAUACCGAAAGAGCUUUGUGAACGGUGGACUCAAUGGACAGCAGAAUUCAAGUAUUUAGACCAGAUUAGCAUCCCACGUUGUUACUUCCCGCAAAGAUCCGUGAAAGAUAUUUCGUCGUUGCAGCUGCUUAUCUUCGUAGAUGCUGGGGAAGAUGCGUAUGCUUGCGUAGCAUAUUUACGGGCAGAGUUCUCCGAGAAAAUUCAGUGUGCGAUCAUUGGAGGGAAAACCAAGGUUGCUCCGCUCAAAACGCUUUCUAUCCCGCGGCUGGAGCUCAUGGCGGCAGUCAUUGUAAUUUAUAUCAGGACAGUUCUGGCCUGGAUCAAUGCCAACCACUGCAGCUAUCGGCAAUUCGUUGCAUGUCGUAUUGGCGAAAUGUUAUCGAAGUCGAAGGUGGAAGAAUGGCGUUGGGUUCCAUCUAGAGAAAAUGUAGCAGACGAAGCAUUGAAGUGGGGCCGAGGACCCUGCCUAUCAACAAGUGGCCGCUGGUUUACUGGGCCAGAAUAUCUUCUAUUGCCGGAGGAACAAUGGCCAGCGGACGUUAAGCCAUUCUUAGAAACGACGACUGAGGAGAUGAAAUCGUGUUUAGUCCACCAGACAAUGAAUGGGGAGGUCGUCAUUGAUUGGUCACGGUUUUCCAAAUGGCAACGUCUUUGGAGGACAAUUGGAUACGUGCAACGAUACGUGAAGAAUUAUAUGCUGAAAGCGAAAGGAAGUGAGCUGCAAGUUGGGUCAUUAACGCAAGAAGAGCUUUACAAUGCGGAAAAAUGUCUGUGGCGGCAAAUUCAACGGGAAAGCUAUCCAGAGGAGAUGAAAACGCUUGAAGCAGCUCAGAGCAAGCACCCGGAUAAGCAGGCAAAGCUGCACGGUACGAGUAAACUCCGGAAGCUAUCGCCAUUUCUCGAUACUGACGGAGUAAUUCGUUUGGACACCAGAAUUGUAGCGGCCACAUGUGUAUCCUACGAUACCCGGUGUCCGAUAGUGCUGCCCAAAGAGCACCCAGCAACUCAACUUCUAAUUGAGUGGUACCAUCGCAAAUACCUACAUGCAAACGCCGAAACCGUCGUCAAUGAGGUGCGACAGCGAUUUCAUAUCUCUAAUCUCCGCACCAUUGUACGACAGAUCAAGAAGAUGUGUUCACUCUGCAGAAUCAGGAAAGCUGUUCCUGAAAUACCACGAAUGGCACCACUUCCAGCGGCCCGGCUGAGUGCGUACGAGCGUCCUUUCUCGUACGUCGGCCUCGAUUAUUUCGGCCCAACUCUCAUACGCGUGAACCGGAGCGAGACAAAAAGGUGGAUAGCGCUGUUUACGUGUCUCACUAUCCGAGCAGUGCACCUCGAAGUUGUCCACUCACUUUCCACGGAGUCGUGUAAAAUGGCCCUAAGACGUUUUAUAAACCGUCGUGGAGCACCGAUUGAAAUCCACAGCGAUAGAGGGACCAAUUUCGUAGGGACCAACAACGAGCUACGCAGAGAGAUGUCGAAGAUUGAUGACCAAUUAGCAGAAGUUUUCACUAACGCCAAUACCAAGUGGGUAUUCAACCCGCCCGGGACUCCACACAUGGGCGGAUCGUGGGAGAGACUAGUGAGAUCGGUGAAAACAGCACUGGCUGCCAUGUACACAACUAGAACUCCAAACGAGGAAACACUCAUUACGCUGGUAAUCGAGGCCGAAUGCGUGAUGAAUUCACGGCCAUUAACAUUCAUUCCGUUGGAGGUGGAACAACAGAAGGCUCUAACUCCCAAUCAAUUUUUGCUCUUGAGCUCUAGCGGGGUGGUUCAACCACGACAGGCAUUGGCGGAGUCCAAAUACGCUUGUAGAAGUAACUGGAAUCUGGGACGGGUGAUGCUGGACCAAUUCUGGCGUAGAUGGGUCCGGGAAUACCUGCCCACCCUUACACGUCGCUCCAAGUGGUUCGAUGACGUUAAGCCCAUCGGAAUUGGUGACCUAGUGAUCGUUGUAGAAGAAGGCAUCCGGAAUGGCUGGACACGAGGACGGGUAUUGGAAGUCAUCGCUGGACUAGAUGGCCGGAUUCGACAAGCCAUGGUGCAGACAGCCUCGGGUCUAGUACGACGACCAGUAGCUAAACUGGCACGAUUGGAUUUGAAGGAGAGUAAAACUGGCCUUGAGAACUUUGACCAGUCUUACGGGUCGGGGAAAUGUAACAGCGUUUCGCUCUAG